AUGGCGUUGAGGACAGGAGAUCCUGGCGCGAGCAGGCUAACCGCACAGGCUGCCGCUUUUAUCAGUGCUGAGGGCCCUGAUAUCCACAUUGCAAUGGCGGGAUCCUCAAGAUAUGACGAUGAUGAGCGCCAAUUCGUGCCACCGAACUUUCACAAGUCGCUCGAAGAACUUCUGAAACGCUACCUGCCAACGAAUUUGGGCUUGGAGUUCCAGGAAGACGCAAAGAAACUGGAGGAGCUAGCUGAGAAGCUCGCGAACACCGAGGCUCAAUACACGGACCGGCAAAAGGCGUUCUGGCAUUCGCUAUGGUACCAUGUAGGUGACAGCAAAGAUACUCUGGAUGCAUGGGUUGCCCUCAUUCCCAAUGAGUAUGGGCUGGCCGUCGUCAAGACUGGUCUGGCAGUGAUCUUCAAGCUGGCCGAGAAAUCAGCAGAGAGACGGCAAAAGAUCGAAAAGACCUUCGAGGCUAUCCGAGAAGCACUUGUUCGGGCCGAUCCGGCAAAGAGGAGCUUCCGGAGCAACGAGGAGAUCUGUGUUUGUGCGGACCAUUUGAACCAGUCGAUCGUGGAGUGCAUCGAGGAUAUGAUCUUACUGACGUCUAAACAAAAGACGCCCUGGCGACAAAGACUGGCCACUGCCCCCAAAUUCAGGCAUCGGACACCACCACCAGAUCCUGACGCGAUUUUGGGCAAGCUGGAAAAAGCUCGAAAGGAAUUCGAACGCGUGGUCGAUCUGGUACGAGACAAUGUGAUUGAAGGUACAGGGCUUAUGACUCAGUCAAUGGCAAUGAGACUGCCCCGCAUGCAUCGUAAUAUUCUGGAGACAAACGAGAGCGUGAGAGUGUUCAGUGAGAAGCAGGAUGAGCGGGAUAAGGACUACAAAAAGGGCUAUGAGGCUUUCCACAGCAUGCUUGAUCAAAUUAGGGCAAAUACACAGAAAAUUGUCGAAAGGGAGAACAAUAGAGAGAAUAGCCUGAUGAUAAGGGAGCAAGAGACAGGCCAGGUCAUAACCAGAAAUGAAGUCCUCCAGAUUUUACUGGAGUCUAAGAGACAGCGUACCGAGAUUGAAAGGCUGCGGCGAGAAAUUCGUUACACCCGCAAGUCCAGAGAGCUCAUCAAGGGUGAUCAGCUCCUCUACAUCGUCACGGGGCUACCGCUUUCGGGCAACUGUGAGCUGGCAGGCCUGAGACAAAUGCUCCAACGACCAAACGAUGACCUGCAAAAAUGCCUUUUGUACAAGGGCAAGCUGGACCCAGAGACUCAGGGGCAGGUGCAAGAGUCAGUGUUGAGAAACAAUCGAGUUCUGGGAUGGCUCAAUCGCCCAGCAUCGGAUCUUAUUCUCGUCGAUGCAAAUAUUGACGACCCCGGCAUGCCCAAGACAACCCCUAUGUCCGUAUUCUGUGCCACCUUGGUCACCAGUAUGAUGACUGCACAUCCGAAGGACGUCGUCGUUUUCUCUUUCUGUGGCCAGCACUUCUUACCUAAGGACGCAUGGUACGGUCCGAAGGGCCUGGUUCGCUUUCUCACAAUGCAGCUGCUGGUGAGGCUGUUGGAGAUGAACCGCUGUGGCCUCGACUUUAUCGACGACUGGGACUUUGUCGAAGGCCUCGAAAGGCACGACUUAUUGUGUCUAUGCGACUUGCUGUACUAUCUUAUAGCACAGUUUCCCAAGGAGACUACCGUCUACUGCAUCAUCGAUACUAUCUCUCUCUUUGAUAACCCCAAGACGUUGGCGGAUUUGAAAGUCGUACUGGACUGCUUCCACGGCAUUGUUGACGACACAUCAUUGAGCCCUGCAGUGAAGACUCUACUCACAAAUCCAACGCACAGCAAGAGAACGAUGAAGCAAUUGCCCCUUUUCCAAGAUGACCCGACCCGCCUCUUGGAAGGAGAAUUUCGCGACAGUCUCCAACCUCCAGGUCCAGAAUUCGGGGAAGAUAUGGAGCCGAAAUCGACGCCAGUUGGUGACACCUGGCACGAUAAUCCUAAAGUGCCAGAAGGGACACUGGAACAAGCCUUGAACUCUAGGGGGGCAUAUAUCGAUGUUAGCCAAACUAAUAACCGUACGCACCUGCAGUAA